AUGACUGAUUUUUGUGAAUCACAAAAUUUAAAUAUUGAUAAAAGAAAUGGUACAUGUUCGCUAUUAAUAUAUACUAAUACACAGGCUGCAUGGCGAGGACGUCAAUUCCAAUCGCAAAUCCUAAAAUUAAGAUCACUUUCCAGCAAUUACGACACGACAUCAUACUACGAGAUCGACAUCAGUGGCCUCUUUGCGGGAUCGAUAAGUUCGGAUAAUUUUAUUCAAGGAUCAAGACCACUUGGCGGGAUCGAUAUAAACGAAUUUUCUUUCAAGAUUCAUGAUCAUUUUGCAACGGAAUCGAACUUUAACAAACGAUCAAGACUUCUUGACGGGUUCGAUAAUAUCAGAUAG